AUGUGCUUGCCUCAGCUCACAGCUGUCACCGAAGUCAGCCAAACGACAGACGCUAUGUUAUUGCCGACACCCUUGACUUCCCUUGCUCACAUACUGGGGUUCGCCUUCAAUUGGGCACUGCAGGGCACAUGUCCGUCCAAGUCUCUCACCCUUGUUGCAGACAUCUACUAUCUGUGUUUUCCAAACGACUCGAUUUACCGGAAAUGUCUAGACUGCAUUGACAACUUCGGAAAUUUCCACACCUUCGUCACAGGCGACUUGUUCCCCCUUGCAAGUGGCGGGAAGAUGUGGCUUAUCAUGUUCGUUAUGCCCGCCCUCACGGCAGCUACAGUGCAGUCAUUCUAUGCAUGGCGUAUCGCAGUGGUAUCGCAAAGCCGACUCUUCUCAAUUAUCGUUUUAAACGUCGUCGUGGCAGCAUUCUGCGCAGGUAUUGUAGGCGCGGUGAGCUUGAAGCGAGACGUUUCUGAUACGGCCGUCACAUGGGAUGUCGCUAUGAAUGUCUGGUUAUGGUGCAGCGUCCUCGCGGACUCUAUGAUCGCGGGAUUUAUGGUGUACACCUUGCGACGCUUCAAAUCUGUGCGAAAAGACAGCAAUGUAUUGAUCAACCGCGUUAUCAAAGUUGUCAUCGAGACUGGUUGUCUCACAGUCAUCGGCGCUGUUAUAACUCUGGUCUGUUGGUUGGGAUUCUCGGGAAUCAUUACUGCGACCUGCCCAUUGCUGUUUCUAUCCAAAUUAUAUGCGAACACGUUGAUGAUCACACUGAACAAUAGAGCUUUCAUGCACGGCGAGAUCUCCGACGUCAACAUACGACGGAGUCCGUUGGUUCUGCAGAUGAUCAGCCGACAUACCGAACACGCCUCGCCAACCUCCCCUUUGACUGCAGGCAGGCACUUUUCUGUUGUGGUCGACCUACCUAAGCCUGCGACUGCACAUGUCGAUCAUGAGACCUGUAAGGUUUGUUAUCGAGUCUAGGCGAUAGCAUGAAUUGAGGUGCGGAGGGCGGACCAAGAGACGCUGCCUGGUACACUGGCAGGUCCUCGAAGAGAGAGCUUGGCGGUACCUACAUCGUGUUCGACCCACUUUCACAGAACGUUGAUAAUAUGGCGUUGUUGCAUGUGUGUGAGGACAUGGGUCCUCAUGUUCUGCUACGGCCCAUGGUCGCCAAGGGUCCCUCUUUUGUAUCGUGUUUGCCCAAAGAGAAGACACCGAGAAGUGACAAAGUAUGGCCCCUCCAAGUUCUUCGCAUAUACAUAUGCAGGUACUGCGGACAACAUCAUAAUUAGCAUGGGGAUGUGACGUGCGACAGAUUUACUUGAUCCGACGCCGGGGCCGUCAGCCUUUUCCGAG